AUGUCCAUCGAUAGGGACACGAAAGUAUCGUUCCACAGCAUACCUUCAAAAACUACCAAUAUGGGGCCGUACACGGCGUCCCCGACCCUGACCGAGUUUAGCACCACGACUGAGGGGCGGAGGAACUCGCGACAGGAUACUUCGUCGACGUUCAUGGGCAGCCCGGUCGUUCCACCCACCAACAAGCGUCGGACGAUCGUCCUCUGUUUCGAUGGCACAGGCGACCAAUUUGAUGCCGACAACUCGAAUAUCGUGGAAUUCUUCAGUAUUCUGCACAAAGGCGACCCCGAGAGGCAGAUGGUUUAUUACCAGACCCUUGAUGAAGCAAUCGCCUGGAAUAUCGAUUCUCAUAUCAAACAGGGCUAUGAAUUCUUGAUGCAACAUUAUCGCAAGAAUGACAGAAUCUGCAUUUUUGGCUUCUCUCGAGGAGCAUAUACGGCUAGAUGUCUGGCAGGAAUGUUACACAAGGUCGGCCUCCUACCGGCGGGAAACCACCAACAAGUCCAUUUUGCCUACAAGAUGUACAAGAACGAUAACCCGUUCGGAUGGAAGCAGUCUAACGCUUUCAAGAAAGCUUUCUCGAUCGAGGUGGACAUCGAGUUCCUUGGCGUCUGGGAUACUGUCAACUCUGUUGGCAUCUUCCCUCGUCGAUUGCCAUUCUCCAAGUCGAACACCAUCGUCCGCACCUUCAGGCACGCCAUCGCCCUGGAUGAACGUCGUGCAAAAUUCAAGGCGAACACCUGGGCUCGGCUGGGCUACGAAGAGGCUCAUCUCAGUAUUACCGACCAGAAGAUUGAGAAGCGCGAGAAGAGGGCGCAGAAGAAGGCGCAAAUGGAUAACCCUAGUGGUAUCGCGUUGGAGAAUCGCUGGAGUAUUCAUCGUCCCUCGCCUACUGACGUCGAAGAGGCAAGUCCCCCACUGCCACAUUAG